UUGUUCUUUAAAGGCUUCUAGCUUAUUAAAUGCAAGAAUCAGAGAUCGGACAAACGAGGGUGUUGGGGUCAAACCAUCUGUCAUUUCCCCUCCUCUUCCGUAUCAAACCACACCAGAUGUCUUGAACAUGAAGGCAAGAACAGAACACCGCAGAUGCUUCAGAGAGAGAGAGAGAAAGAGAGACAUCCUCGAAAUCGCCACAACCCCGUUAGUGGAGAAUGAGUGGAGUCGCAGCUCUCCAUUCCUGCUUCGCUUUACUCGUAAUCAUCACCUUCUUCGCCACUAGCACCACCUCCUCGGACACCAUCUCUGCAAACCAAUCGAUCAGCGGCGACGGGACCCUCGUCUCUGCAAAUGAUGUCUUCGAGCUCGGGUUCUUCACGCCAGACGGCACCAACUACUACGUGGGCAUAUGGUACAAGAACAUCUCGGACAGGACAUACGUCUGGGUGGCCAACAGGGGCACCCCGCUCACGAACUUGUCGUCAUCCGCGUUCAAGAUUGGGGACAAGGGCAACAACGUGGUCGUUCUUAACCAGGCAACCAACAUCGUCCUCUGGUCAGCGAAUCAAACCGAGGCCAAUUCGAGCCCAGUGAACCCUGUUGCUCAGCUCCUGGGCAAUGGCAAUCUUGUCGUCAGAGAAGAGGGUGACGAGAGCAGCAACAACUACUUGUGGCAGAGCUUCGAUUUUCCCACAGACACCCUCUUGCCCGACAUGAAGCUAGGGUGGGACUUCAGCCAGGGCCUUGACCGGUUCUUGAAUUCUUGGAAGAGCCUACAAGACCCGUCCCCGGGGGAUUUCUCUUUCAAGCUCGAUUUCCAUGGAUACCCGGAAGCUUUUCUCUGGGACAACGGCACGAAGUUAUACCGGAGCGGCCCGUGGAACGGGAUCCGGUUCAGCGGCGUCCCGGAGAUGGUGUCCACGAGCGACAUCGACUUCACUUUCAUCUCCAAUCAACAACAGGUGUACUACUCCUACGAGGUGAACAACCCCAGCAUAAUCUCGAGACUGACCGUGAACUCAACAGGGUAUCUUCAGAGGUUCACUUGGGUCGAGGACAGCCAGUCCUGGAGCUUGUUCUGGUAUGCCCCGAAAGACCAGUGCGACAAUAUCGGCGAGUGUGGCCCUUACGGGAUCUGCGACACCAACGGCUCGCCGGUCUGCAACUGCACAGUGGGGUUCAGUCCCAAGAACCCACAGGCGUGGAACUUGAGGGAAGGCUCAGAUGGGUGCGUGAGGGACAAAAAAUUGGACUGCUCGACCGAUGGGUUCUUGCCAUUGAAGGGGAUGAAGCUGCCCGAGAGCAGCAACACGCUGGUGGACAUGGAGAUGAGCCUCCAGGAUUGCCAAAAGGGCUGCGCCAAGAAUUGCUCCUGCACCGGCUACUCGAGCGCGAACAUCAGCAACGGCGAGGCGGGCUGCGUGAUGUGGUUUGACGAUCUGUUGGACAUGAGGCACUACAUAGAUGGCGGGCAAGAUUUCUACGUCAAGCUGUCUGCUGCCGACAUUGCGGCUUACGGCGGACUGUUCGCUCAAAAGAGUUCGAGCAACAGACUGGGAACAUUAUCAAUAGUGGGCAUUGCCGCUGGUGGUGGCGUUCUGUUACUAGCACUCGGUGCCUUCCUCAUGUGGAAGAGGAAGCCUUUGGUGAUUUCCCGUGCAAGAAACACCGAACCAAGAGGAGCUCUUGAGAGAAGCCAAGAUUUUCUGUUAAAUGAAGUAGUCUUCUCCAGUAAGAGAGACUAUUCGAGGGAAAACAAGCCCGAGGAUCUAGAGUUACCAUUGUUCGAUUUCAACGCGAUUGCUUUGGCAACCAAGAACUUCUGCGACGAGAACAAGCUUGGGCAAGGCGGUUUCGGCUGUGUUUACAAGUGUAGGAUUGAAGAAGGCCCAGUAGUAGCGGUUAAAAGGCUCUCGAAGAAUUCCGGGCAAGGAACGGAAGAAUUCAAAAAUGAGGUUCGAUUGAUUGCUCGGCUUCAACACCGAAAUCUUGUGCGACUUAUCGGCUGCUGCGUCGAGCUGGAUGAGAAGAUCCUAAUUUACGAAUACAUGGAGCAUAAGAGUCUGGAUUCUGUUCUAUUCAGUAAAACCAAGAGCUCCAUGUUAAAUUGGGAGCGGCGGUUUAACAUCAUCUGUGGGAUCGCUCGAGGUCUUCUUUAUCUUCACCAGGACUCCAGGUUUAGAAUCAUACAUAGGGAUCUCAAAGCGAGCAACAUCUUGCUCGAUGGGGAGUUGAACCCCAAAAUCUCAGACUUUGGCAUGGCCAGGAUUUUUGGCAGAGAUCAGAUCGAGGCGAAUACGAGGAGAGUCGUUGGCACGUAUGGGUACAUGGCCCCGGAAUAUGCCAUGGACGGACUAUUUUCAGAGAAGUCCGAUGUGUUCAGCUUUGGCGUGUUGGUCUUGGAGAUUGUAAGUGGUAAAAAAAACCGGGGAUUCUAUUAUGCGGACAGCGAACUGAACCUUCUUGGACAUGCAUGUAAGUUGUGGAAAGAAGGGAAGGGUUUGGAGCUACUGGAUUCAGCGGUGGGAGAUGCAUACUCGAUGAAUGAAGUAUUGAAAUGCAUUCAGGUCGGCCUUUUGUGCGUCCAAGAGCAUGCGGAGGACAGGCUGGCCAUGUCGUCUGUGGUCUUGAUGCUGAGCAGCGAAAACCCAACAAUGCCACACCCUAAAAAUCCCGGCUUUUGCUUGGGAAGGCCUGUAGAGACGGAUUCAUCGUCAAGCAAGCAUGACGAGACAUGCACUGUGAACCAAGUUACAGUCACAAUGCUUGAUGCCAGAUAGAGAUUGUUGUCAUGCCCUGAUCCAAUUUAUUUGUACAUCUGAAACUCCAAAGAUUUCUGUUCAUAUAUAUGUAUUCUUAGUCCUUCCUUCUGCUCAAUUCUUUUAUUUAGUUUCUUUUGAUUUUCGAAAUUUUCUUUUGUAUUUGUUAUUGUGGAGAGAGGAGAGGGGGGUUUGUCAAUUUUGGUCCAGACAUGAAGAAAAAGUCUUUGACAUUGACACACUACAACUCAAACGGUUCAGUGACUAGCAAUGUGAUGAAGUUCACAGAAAACAGAAACAUUGUUGCAAUUGCAACUGCAAUUCAAUGCUGCAGUGAUCGGUUUUGCUCU